AUGUCGAAUUUGUAUGGAGAUUUUAAUCAGAAGAUUGAUUAUGUAUUUAAGGUGGUGUUAAUUGGGGACUCCGCGGUUGGAAAAUCUCAGCUCUUGGCGAGGUUUGCGAGGAAUGAAUUCAGUUUGGAGUCAAAGGCUACUAUUGGGGUUGAAUUUCAGACAAAAACACUUGCUAUUGAUCAGAAGACGGUGAAGGCACAGAUUUGGGACACUGCUGGCCAAGAAAGGUACCGAGCAGUCACGAGUGCAUACUACCGAGGAGCAGUUGGUGCAAUGCUGGUUUACGACAUGACAAAGCGCCAGUCAUUUGAUCACAUGGCUAGGUGGCUUGAGGAACUAAGGGGGCAUGCUGAUAAGAACAUUGUGAUCAUGCUGAUUGGCAACAAGUGUGACAUGGGGAGUCUUAGAGCAGUACCAACUGAAGAUGCCAAAGAGUUUGCUGAAAUAGAGAACCUUUGCUUUAUGGAGACAUCAGCACUCGAGGCCACAAACGUUGAAAGUGCAUUUAUGACAGUUCUUACUGAAAUAUACCGAAUCAUAAGCAAGAAGUCGCUUGCUGCUGCCAAUGGUGGGGUGGACUAUGGUAAGACAGCAUCUCUCAAAGGGACUAAGAUUGUCGUUCCAGGCCAGGAAUCGGAUUCUGGUGGGAGAAAGUCUGGAUGCUGCCUGUCAUCAUGA